UCGGACUCAAACACAGCGCCACAGCACCGACAUGGAGCACACCGAGCUCGACAAGCCAGAAACUCUGGACGAUCUGAUCAAAACUCUGCACAAGAUCUUUGAAAGUGACAGCGUCAAUGUGGAGGAGGUGCAGAGCAUCAUGGAGUCCUACGAAAGCAAACCUCACGAGUGGAUGAAAUACGCUAAAUUUGACCAGUACAGAUACACCCGGAAUCUGGUGGACGAGGGAAACGGGAAGUUUAACCUGAUGAUUCUGUGCUGGGGUGAAGGACACGGCAGCAGCAUCCACGAUCACACAGACUCCCACUGCUUCCUGAAGCUGCUCCAGGGUCAGCUGAAGGAGACGCUCUUCGACUGGCCCGACCGCAAGCUGCAGGCCGGCAUGAAGCAGAAGACCCAGCAGGUGCUGCUGGAGAACCAGUGCGCUUACAUCAACGACUCCCUCGGCCUUCAUCGGGUGGAGAACGUGAGCCACACGGAGACGGCCGUCAGCCUGCACCUCUACAGCCCGCCCUUCCAGACCUGCCAGACCUUCGACCAGCGCACCGGGCACCGCAACAGCGUCAAGAUGACCUUCUGGAGCAAGUUCGGCGAGAGGACGCCGUAUGAAAGCAGCGUGUCGCAGGAGAACAACUGAGACCAGAGAAGCCCGGCGGCGCUCGAUGCAGAUUCACUCUUAAAUUCAAACGCAGCGAUGUUUAAAUCUUGAUCCAACUCUUUUUUUCACUAAGAUUCGAAGAGGACAGAGGGAAGAGGCUUUCGCUGGUGAUUGGAGUCUCUUCAUCGUGGCCUAGUUUAGCGCGGCGAGCGCGGCACGGGUCUGAAUAGACGUAUUAGUCCAGCCGUUCUCCCAGCAUUCCUGUCUAAUCACGCUUUUGUACUGUUUCGGGCCGAGAGUGUGUCAUUAUGAGAAGAAUCUGUCUGUUGUCCGAAUGAAAGCGCUGUCCUGAAUCCUGCUCCAGCAGAACACAGCACUUGCUCUCCGUCUCCAAUCGUUUCCAGAUCAGUCUCUGAAUGGAAGAGUUGAUGUUUCUCAGCCGUCUGUAAUCCGUGUCUCGACAAACAAAUAUGCGUUUGUAAACUGGAGCUUUUAUUUAAAAUGGACCUGAAUCUUAGCUGGAAAUUCAUUUUUGUCUUAACAUUUGAAGUUAAUAAAAUGUUUCCCAAAUCUUG